GGGUGUUAGUUUGUUUGUUUGUAUAUGUAUUGAAGUUAUUAUUUUUACUUCAAUUUGAUUGGUGCUGAUCUCCUUGAUCUCUGGAGAAAGUUUUUCUUUCUUUUUUAUUGACUUUUUUGGGGUUGAUUUUGGAGAAUUUGAGCUUGAAAAUGGAAUUAUAAUUUGAGCAAGAUUGUUGCUUUUUGAGUGAUUUUUGGGAUCAGUGAUGAAUGUGGGUGUUGAAUCAAGUAUAGUGAUGAAGGCAAUGCUGCAGCUUCAAAUUGUAGAAGAUUAAAAAAAAGAAAGAAGAAAGUGAUAAAUUUUUGGAAUAAUUAUUAAAGUGGUUUGAUUGUAAAAGAGGGGUUUCAUAAUCAUGAAGGCUCCUUCAAAUGGUCUCAUGGCUAAUUCUGGAGAAGAGGGAAGGGUCAUAAAUUCAGAGUUGUGGCAUGCCUGUGCUGGACCACUUGUUGCUGUGCCUCCUGUUGGAAGCCUUGUAGUUUACUUCCCACAAGGUCACAGUGAGCAAGUAGCAGCCUCUAUGCAAAAGGAGACCGACGGCAUCCCGAGCUAUCCGAAUCUCCCCUCAAAGUUGAUUUGUAUGCUCCAUAAUGUUACACUACAUGCAGACCCGGAAACUGAUGAGGUAUAUGCACAAAUGACUCUUCAACCUGUUAAUAAGUAUGAUAGGGACGCAUUGCUUGCUUCAGAGAUGGCUCUUAAACAAAGCAGGCAACCUACGGAGUUUUUCUGCAAAACUCUUACAGCUAGUGACACAAGCACACACGGGGGUUUCUCAGUACCUCGUCGGGCUGCUGAGAAGAUUUUCCCACCUCUGGAUUUUUCUAUGCAACCUCCUGCUCAAGAGCUGAUGGCUAAAGAUUUACAUAGCCAAGCAUGGACCUUUAGACAUAUCUAUCGAGGGCAACCAAAACGACACUUGCUGACUACAGGAUGGAGUGUUUUUGUUAGCUCAAAAAGAUUGUUUGCUGGUGAUUCUGUUCUCUUUAUACGAGAUGAGAAAUCACACCUUCUAUUAGGUAUACGACGUGCAAAUAGACAGCAGCCUGCACUUGCAUCAUCUGUUAUAUCCAGUGACAGCAUGCAUAUUGGAAUUCUUGCUGCUGCUGCUCAUGCUGCUGCUAAUAACAGUCCGUUUACAAUAUUUUAUAAUCCGAGAGCUAGCCCAGCUGAAUUUGUAGUUCCCUUAGCCAAGUAUAACAAAGCUAUGUACACCCAAGUUUCUCUUGGGAUGCGAUUUAGGAUGAUGUUUGAAACUGAGGAGUGUGGUGUACGUCGAUACAUGGGUACUAUAACAGGCAUCAGUGACCUUGAUCCAGUGCGAUGGAAAAACUCUCAGUGGCGUAAUCUCCAGGUUGGCUGGGAUGAAUCAACAGCUGGGGAACGACCUAGUCGAGUUUCCAUUUGGGACAUUGAGCCUGUUGUUACACCCUUCUACAUAUGUCCUCCACCUUUUUUCAGACCAAAGUUUCCUAAGCAACCGGGGAUGCCAGAUGAUGAAUCUGAUAUGGAGAGCAUAUUUAAGAGGGGAAUGCCCUGGCUUGGUGAUGAUUUUGGCAUGAAAGAUGUUCCCAACUCAAUAUUUCCUGGCUUGAGUUUAGUUCAAUGGAUGAGCAUGCAACAAAAUAAUCAGUUUCCUGGUGCACAGUCUGCGGGUUUCCCAUCCAUGCUUACAGCAUCUGCCUUGCAUGGUGGCCUUGGUACUGAUGAUCCAUCCAAGUUGUUGAACUUCCAGGCCCCGUCUCUGUCUGUGCCAAAUUUCCAAUUCAACAAAGCUGUCCAACAAAAUCAAGUAGGCCAGUUACAGCAGCAACCCGCGGCCUGGUCCCAACAGCAGCAGCUCCAGCAAUUGUUGCAGAAUAACUCACAACAGCAACAACAGCCUCUGCAACAACAGCUGCAGAAACAACAGUUACAGCAGCAGCAGCAACAGCAACAAUUACAGCAGCAGCAACAGCAACAGUUACAGCAGCAGCAGCAGCAGCAACAACAACAGUUACAGCAGCAGCAGCAACAACAGGUACAUCAGCAGCAACAGCAACAGCAACAGCAACAACAACAACAGCAACCACAACAACCUCCUGCACCACAAAAGCAGCAAAUACCUCAAUUAACUUCUGUAAAUAGUGGUCUCGUUUCUCCUAACCAGAACUUGAAUCCGAAUUUAUCGCAGUCCCCAAUGUAUUCUCAGCUUCAUCACCAGCAAAUGGUGGGCGGAAAUAACCAGGCCCCUCAAAAUGUUUCGGCUAACAAAGAUCCUGUUCAUAUAACAUCUUUACCUCCAGAUAUGCAGUUUCAGCAGCAAACAGAACAACAAAGUAAUGUUCUUCAGAGGCUUCAGCAGCAGCAUCAGCAUCAGCAGCAGGCACAAUUGCAACAGUCCUCACAGCAGUUAUUUCAAGAGAGUUUGUCACAGAGGCCGCCUGUCCUACAGAACCUCUCAGAGCACCAGCUUCAGUUCCAGCUAAUGCAAAAAUUACAGCAGCAACCUCAGACUCAACAGCAGCAGGCGCAGCAGCAUCAACAUCAACCACAGCAGUCACACCCUUUGCUGUCUCCUGUAACUUCACAAGUCCAGCAUCAAGUAACAACCCAACAACAUGCUGGUCAACAAAACCAAGUUUUACAGCAGCGUUCUUUAUCUCAGUAUCAGCCUCAAGUGAGUGUUAGCACUAUUUCCACAACCCAGCUUAUGAGUUCCCCACCUAUGUCAGCAGUCCAACUUCAGGGAAUGCAGAAAACAAGUGGGAUAGCAAGAUCUCUAUCUGGCCCAACUGAUGGUGAUGCUCCGUCGUGUUCUACAUCACCUUCUACUAAUAAUUGCCAGAUUCCCCAUUCAAGCUUCUUGAACCGCAACCAGCAAGUGAGGAACAUGCUAGUCGAGCAUUCAGUUGUUGAGCCCAAUAGUAAUAUGUUGCAAGAUGUUCAAGAGAAGUCUGAUAUUAGGAUCAAACAUGAAAUCCCCAGCUCAAAAGUUAUAGAACCAUCAAGGAUCAAUGGCAUCAUCACUGAUCCAUUGGAAGCAUCCUCUUCUGUCACUUCAUAUGGCUUGGAUGCUAGUGGACUUCAACAGAAUCUAUCGCUCCCAAGCUUUGGGUUGGAUGGUGAUGUGCAGUCCCAUCCAAGGAACAGUAUUCCUCUUUCAACCGCAAUGGAUGGUUUGACGCCUGAUACUUUGUUAUCAAGGGACUUUGACUCGGGAAAGGAGCUUCAUAACUUGCUCUCUAAUUACAACGGUGCUCCUAGAGAUAUUGAAACAGAAUUGUCGGCUGCUGCUAUGAGCUCCCAGUCAUUUGGGGUUCCAAAUAUGCCUUUCAAAACGGGAUGCUCAAAUGAUGUUGCAGCAAUUAAUGACCCUGCUGUUUUGGGUGGUGGGAUGUGGCCAAGCCAGACUCAACGUAUGAGGACAUAUACAAAGGUGCAAAAGCGUGGCUCAGUUGGUAGAUCCAUCGAUGUUACCCGCUACAAGGAAUACGACGAGCUCAGGCGUGAUCUUGCUCGUAUGUUUGGCAUUGAAGGACAACUAGAAGAUCCUCAAAGAACGGACUGGAAACUGGUGUAUGUAGAUCAUGAAAAUGACAUUCUACUGGUGGGAGAUGAUCCAUGGGAUGAAUUUGUAAAUUGUGUUCAAAGUAUAAAGAUUCUAUCAUCUAUUGAGGUCCAACAGAUGAGUUUGGAUGGAGAUUUGGGUAGUGGACCAAUCCCUAAUCAAGCUUCAAGUGGUAGCGACAGUGGCAAUGCAUGGAGAUAUGACGACCACUCAGCUGCCUCGUUUAACCGAUGAGGUUGUCAAUUACAGUAUGAUUUCCCAUCAGAAGUGCAUUCCACUCUAUGCCUGUUACAUCUUUGGAUGAAAGGUGCAAUCAAUGAUAAUACAUAGGCAGGAUGAUGGAUUUGCUCUUGUAACAUUUCCUUUCAUCAACAGUUGAUACAAAAUAUUCUUGGGUAGGCUGCUGGAUCCUUGUAACUCCCGCGCCUCCUGGUACUCAUAGACUGAACACGUCAUUGUAACUUACAUUUUCAUUUUUGAGCUCAUUCUCUCUCCACUCACAAUGUAUCCAAAUUGAGCUAGGAGCGGGAAGUUAAACUAUCGGCCCUUAGGUAAUAGGAAGUAUGGACCUGGUUUAUCUUCUGGCACCGGUGUAUGUUUUAAUGCAACCUACCUGUAAAGCUAGUGUUGUACUAGAUGUAGUGUUGUAGUACUGCUGACUCCAUAUGCAAAAGGGAUGGAUGAAAAUUUAUAUCACUUGUGAUAUGGCAAUGUAAAUGCAAUCAAGCAGAACUAGAUUUUCUUGUAGUUAGUGUUGUUUUCUUUAGAUAGAUGUGUUAGCCGGAAUACAGAUUAGUGUACAAAAAGAGACAUUGCAAAUUUGCAAUAUCACAUCUUUCUUUUUA